AUGGACAAGGAAACCAAGGAGAAUCUGGAACAAGAGUUGAUGCGGAGGAUUCAGGAUCUUGAGGAGAAGCACAGGAAAAUGACUACUUUUGGCUAUGACUUAGUUUCGACUAGUCAGUAUCAGAAAAAGAUCGCUUCUAUAGUAGAAGGUCACAUCAAACAAGAAAGGAUUCGAGGUUGUGAAAUUAAACCAGCCGAGGUGAAAGCUCAGCCAAAUGACCAGAUGACUACCAGAGCAGAAUCACUCAAUCUUGUCAUCUUUUCGAGCUUCCAACUUGACAACAUGUUUCCGUCACCACCCAAGAUUACAAAACAAACAAAGGCAUCCCAUCGGAAGUCACGACAGGGAUGCCGUCAAUGCAAAGCUCUGAGAGCCAAAUGCGACGAAAGAAAGCCGUCGUGUGUCCGCUGCGAGACUCGUGGAGUAGCAUGUUCUGGUUAUAGCGCGAACAUACGGUGGUCAUAUAAGCAUGAGAUGCAACAGCAGCAGAGCGAUACCCCACAAGAGAUAGCAGCUGCUGUACCAACCAUCCUGAACAGCCCUAUGCCAGAGGCUACCGCAAACGCAACCGAUGCACAGGAUGGAUUAUUCUCUACUGAUGGUCACCAGAACGGACAAGACGUCCCCACUACAGUCGUUUCCCAUGAUCACCCAACCGGUCCUCUGUUUGGGCGAUGGAGUGAAUCCUAUAACCUUGAAGAUAAUUGCUUAGAAGACAGCUCUUCUUUAUAUGUUUUAGAGGAUGCAACGUUCAAUAGGAUUCUGCUUCAAAGUGAAGUGCCUGAUUGGCUUUCUAUUCCUCUACAAGGUCACGUUGAGGAGACAGCUCAGGACUCGAAUUCCAUAUCAAUCACUGAUGAUACAUUCGCUAUGCAACAAGAGAAACAAAAUAACGGUAAUGACACAGAAGACAUGAGCCGUCAGACUAUCAGUGUCCCCUCGUCAAGCCGCCUUCGCGAGAUACACGAUGUCUCUUCUUCCCUGUCCACAUACUUUUUCCAAGACGUUCUCCCGAGGUACUGCACAUGGGAUAGCAACUCCAGUAUCAUCAGAAUCAUCAUCCAGGCCAUGUGGCAGUCGUCUGGGGCUUUACAUCACACUAUGCAAAGCAUGGCUGCGUCAUGUCUUUCCAAUGAGAUUCCGUCCUUUUCCAGGAUUGCAGCACGGGAACGCGUGCUUGCCCUUGAAUACAUUCAAGAAACCCCCAUGCGGGAAGAUCGACUUUUGACAUCCUUUUUGUUAGGCCACACAUCGUCUUGGGUUAAUCCGACAGAUCUUGUGCCAAAUCAGUUUAAUGAAAUAUGGGCGACGCUAGACUCAUACACCUCCUCAGCAGGAACUACUUCGGUGGUCUCAUUUAUACAAGAAGCCCUGGAAUAUUGGACCAUGGUAUUGUCUUUCAUUACCGAUACUGAACGACUGGGGAAUUCAGCCGCUGGGCUGUCUCGCACAUCUGGGCCGCUGCCACCGAACUCAAUCAUCACACCGAAUCCUUUUAGUGGAGUUACUCGAGGAGCUGUGGGAAUCUUCACGGACACAAGUAGACUCAUAUACAAGUUGCGUAAGCGCUUACCACAGUUACGAUUCAUUCGCGAGACGGACAUCAAUUUUCUCCGCGAGACACUGGAUGAGGCUCACCGAUUGGAACAUAGAAUAUUGGGAUAUCGUCCUCUUGACGCUACUACUAUCGUCGUACUGGGGGACCCUCACACAACGCCCGAGCACUUCAAGAUACUUGAUGAAGUGUUUUGGUAUACUUCUUUACUUCAGCUGUACCGAGUUUUCCCAGACUUGCUCAUCCAACGCUAUCAGCCAUGGAACCCUCAGAAUAUCCUCCAAGCCGAGGCCGCCUCCCACGUACCCAGUCGGGAUGAAACGGAAGAGUGGCUUAUGAAACUGGCUCUACACAUAUUGGCCAUGCUUCAAAGUAUUCCUCUCGAUUCCCGCACCAGAAGUAUCCAAGCUCCUAUAAUUGUGGCACUCUCGAGCGAACUGCGUUACAAGUCACCAGAUGUGUCGAGAUUUGACUCGGAAUCGGAAGCUGGCUAUCAUGAAGCAAUUUCACCUUCGACGAUCAGUCACUCGGUUGAGAUUGCCUGGGCGCGGAGAUUUGUCAUGUCUCGUUUGUCAAUAUACUGGCAUGUGCUCCCACUUCAGAAAGUCAAAAAGUACCAGAUACUCGUUAAACAUAUAUAG